UAUGAUCCUACACAUGUACACAUAUGUCUCGACAUUUCACAUAAGGAAUGCUGACAGAGCGAAACACACACACACACACACACACACACACACACACUUAAGUCCUUUCCUUCUGCUCCGGACCGCCACUGAAACACCGAACACACCGAACACACCCUCGCUAAGCAGGUGCAGAUGUCUCAUAAUAGACCUCAUGGAUCCAGAUCAGAUCCUCAGGAUCCGGAGAUGAUGGAGUAUUUCACACAGCAGGUCCUGUUCCUCAAGGGGAAAGCCAUGCUGCAGUCGUCCGUGAGGGAAGAGAAGAAACUGCUUGUUGAAAAUGCCAAACUGAAGAAAGACAUCGAUGGUCUGAAGAAGCUCCUGCAGGAUACACAGAAGAGGAAAUCAGUAAAGCUGCAUCAGGAGAGAGCUCUGACGGCAGUGAUCGCAUCUAAAACCGCGCUGCUGGGGGAAAUGGCCCCUCUGACACAAAUGGCCCCUCCGUCACAAACGGCCCCGUUCAGCUUGUCAGAGACGAGCGCCGCACACACUCGACCUGACGGGAGACGCAGGAGAGAGAGGAGAGGUUUGGACGCGGCGCAUCUGAACGGUUCUGAGUCUGCAUGUGCUCUGAUGCGAGAGCAGAAACCCGACGUGACCCGUCUGGACCUGCGGGUCGCACGCGUUCUGGACGUCCGCAAACAUCCAGACUCAGCAUCACUGUGUGUCCAGGAGGUGGAGUUAGGAGAACCCGCCCCCAGAACCAUGGUCAGCGGACUGAUCAAUCACGAGCCUCCAGAGCAGCUGGUGGGCUGUCUGGUGGUGUUGUUGUGUAAUGUGCGGCCAGUGAAGGUCCGAGGCGUUCAGUCGCAGGCCCGCCUCCUCUGCGCUGUCAAUCAAGAGAGAAUGGAACCCUUAACUCCGCCCACCGCCGCUCAGCCCGGGGACAGAAUCACUUUCCAGAAUUACCCCGGUGAACCAGAGAGAGAACUGAACCCCAAACAGCGGAUCUGGGAGCGUUUACAGCCCGACCUGUGCACAGAUGCGAAGGGCGUGGCCACAUAUAAGGGCGUGGCCUUUGAGGUCCGUGGGAAGGGCCUCUGCCGGGCCCCGAGCAUCAGCAACGGCUGCAUCAAAUAACACACAACCCUCAUUUAUGAGUGACACCAAAAUCUCACAAAUAAAUUAUUAAAAACUACCAAA